AUUGGCACGUUAGAGAAACAGCCGCCGCUGCAAAGGUGACAUUUGGCUUACUGCUCACCGCAGUUUAAAUAAAAAAGUCAGAAAGCCCCAAAUAGUGGUGCAACAAAUAUCAGCAUGUCUUCUCUCAGGAGGACGGCGGGUGUCCUCCGCACCGGCCUGCAGAUCUUCAGGCGUGGACCUCAGCAGAUGACCGUCAGAAAGGCUGGGGGAGGUCCACACAUUGAGCCUCAGUACAGACAGCCACCUCAGACCACCAAGAGCCAGAAGUUUCAAUCUGAGCUGCUCAGUGGUGCCAUGUGGUUCUGGAUCCUCUGGCACACCUGGCAUGACCCGGAUGCCAUACUGGGUCAUUUCCCAUGGCCAGACACCUCUGCGUGGACAGAUGAGGAGUUGGGAAUCCCACCUGAUGAUGAAGAGUAGACACCCACAACACACCAAUAUGUGCACCAGAUAUGUGAUCACAAACCCACACACACUUUCUGUAUGAGAAAUUGGAUGUAUAUGGACUUAUUAUCAAGUCUAAUUGUAAGCAUCUGCAUUAUAUAAUAAAAAUAUUCAACCUUGUAAUUAAAGAAAUGAACAUGUCA